AUCGCGUUAGACAUAAAUACGACCUCGCCGCGCCGCAGCAAUCAACUCCCCAUCAACAUCCGCAGCACUACACCCUGCUUUACUAUCAUCACACACACACACUCAUGCGCUCAGUACUUUUCGCCGCUGCCCUCGUCGCGGCCGCGCACGCCGCGCCGACCAACGACGACAUUACAAAUCUCGUCACGAGCGACACCACCGCCGAACACGACGACACCCCCGCCCCCGCGUCCGCCACUGCCUCGGCGGCAGACUGCGCCACCGACGCCUUCGCCACCGCACUCGCCGCGUGGCGGGAUACGCUGGCCGCGCACGGCGCAGCCAAGUUUGCGUCGGCGCUCGCCACCGCCGCCACCUCGGACGUCGGGUGCGCCCGCCUCCUCGAGCUCGCCCACGGCGGCGUGACGCUGUUCGCGCCUAUCGACGCGGCAUGGGGCGCCGAGGCUGACGCCGCGGUCGCCCGCAACCCCGCCGUCAUUGGCAACCACAUCUCGCUCCACACCGUCUCGGGUAAAGACCUCGACGAGGGCGGAGACCUCACCCUCGCGUCGGACGCAACAGCACACUACUGGCAUGGCGACGACGCCUCGUACGUCGCUCUCGCGCCCGACCUUGCCGCCGUGCUCGAGCACGACAUCCCGCUCGAGACGGACACGCCGUCGACAGUACACAUCAUCGGCGCGGCCCUGCUGCACCCGCCACGGGGGAAGCACUACCUCGAGGUCCGUAAGGGCGGUGGUGGCGGCGGUGGCAGAGGCGGUGGUGGUGGAGGUGGCGCGUCGAGCGGCGGCAGCAAGGGCGGCUCGUCGAGCUCCGGCGGCUCCAGCUCGGGCGGCUCCAAGGCCCCGCCACCGUACUCGCCCCCCGCGUCCGGCGGCACAUCGUCUGGCGGCACCGGCACGAAGGGCGGUUCGAGCGGCGCCGCUGGUGGCGCGGCUGCUGGUGCGGCCGGUGGUGCCGUUGUCGGCGGCGCGAUCGGCUACGGCGCUGCUGGCGGCUACGGCGGCAGCGGAUACCACGGCUCGGGGUACAGCAAUGGCACGAGCCACAGCGCCGCAAGUGACCUUGUCCCUAGCUUUGCGCUCGCCGCGGUUGGUAUUGCCCUUGCCCAGCUCUUCUGAGCGCUGUAGAUUAGACUUGCUUGUCACCUUGUAGCAUAGCGCAUAUGGAGUAUAAUGAUCUUGAGUACGGGUCUGGGGUGGCGCUGUGGUGCAGUCGAAGCCAGUGGCAGAGUGGUUAGGUAUCGUUCGACGUCCACGGUCACGACUGACGGGGACAGUGCCAGCUAGCUGUGCCGAGGGCACAAGUGGCUCGUCAAAUGGCGCAUCGACUGCCAUGCUGCCAUCUCGUCGGGUUGAAGUCCGUUGUCCUUCUCAUCUCACCUCCCCUCC